AUGGAGUCGACACGCGGACCCCCUCGGGUCAAGAACAAGGCCGCGGCGCCUGUGCAAAUCUCGGCCGAGCAGCUGCUACGCGAGGCCGUCGACCGGCAAGAAGGUGGGAUCCAAGCGCCGCAGCAACGCUUCUCCGAUCUCGAGGAGCUGCACGAGUACCAGGGCCGCAAGCGCAAGGAGUUUGAGGACUAUGUGCGACGCAACCGCAUCAGCCUGCGCAACUGGACGCAGUAUGCCGCAUGGGAGCUGGAGCAAAAGGAGUUUGCGCGCGCGCGCUCCGUCUUUGAGCGCGCCCUCGACGUGCACCCCAACUCGGUGCAGCUAUGGGUGCGCUACAUCGAGUCCGAGAUGAAGACACGCAACGUUAACCACGCCCGGAACCUUCUCGACCGCGCCGUCACCCGCCUGCCCCGCGUCGACAAGCUGUGGUACAAGUACGUCUACAUGGAGGAGAUGCUGGGCAACAUCCCCGGCACGCGCCAGGUGUUUGACCGAUGGAUGCAGUGGCGGCCUGAUGAGGCGGCCUGGAGCGCAUACAUAAAGCUCGAGAAGCGAUACGGCGAGUUUGAGCGCGCACGCGAAAUCUUUAGCAUGUUUACGCAGAUUCACCCGGAGCCGCGCAACUGGAUCAAGUGGGCUAAGUUUGAGGAGGAGUUCGGCACGAGCGACCUUGUGCGGGACGUCUUUGGAAACGCGGUUGAGACGCUUGGUGACGAGCUCGUCGACGAGAAGCUCUUCAUCGCCUACGCCCGCUUUGAGUCCAAGCUCAAGGAAUACGAGCGUGCCCGCGCCAUCUACAAGUACGCCCUCGACCGGCUACCGCGCUCCAAGUCGGCCGCGCUACACAAGAACUACACGACCUUUGAGAAGCAGUUUGGUGACCAGGACGGCGUCGAAGACGUGGUGCUGAGCAAGCGCCGCGUUCACUACGAGAACCUGGUGCGGGAGAACCCUAAGAACUACGACGCCUGGUUUGAUUAUGCGGCGCUGGAGGAGACGUCGCGCGACGCUAACCGGGUGCGCGACGUGUACGAGCGUGCUGUGGCGCAGGUGCCACCGACGCAAGAGAAGCGACACUGGCGACGAUACAUCUAUCUCUGGAUAUUCUACGCCAUAUGGGAGGAAACGGAGGGCGGGGACGCGGAGCGGGCGCGGCAGAUCUACGCGACGUGCCUGGGCCUGGUGCCGCACAAGCGGUUCACGUUCGCCAAGGUGUGGCUGCUGGCGGCGCAGUUCGAGAUCCGGCAGGGCCAGCUGACGGCGGCGCGCAAGCUGCUGGGCCGGGCGCUGGGGACGUGCCCGAAGGACCGGCUGUUCGUCGGCUACGUGGACCUGGAGCGGCGGCUGUACGAGUUCGGGCGGUGCCGAACGCUGUACGAGAAGCACGUGGAGCACAACCCGGCCAACUGCACGACGUGGAUCCGGUUCGCGGAGCUCGAGGCGGCGCUCGAGGACACGGAGCGCGCGCGCGCCAUUUUCGAGCUCGCCGUCGCGCAGGACCCGCUCGACAUGCCGGAGCUGCUCUGGAAGGCGUACAUUGACUUUGAGGAGGGCGAGGGCGAGUACGAGCGCGCGCGUGCGCUGUACGAGCGCCUGCUGGACAAGACGGACCACGUCAAGGUGUGGAUCAGCUACGCGCACUUUGAGGUCAACAUCCCCGAAGGCGAGGAGGACGGCGAGGAGGAGCAGGAGGUGGUGAGCGAGGAGGCCAAGGCGCGCACCAGGGCCGUGUUCGAGCGCGCGCACAAGCGCAUGCGCGACAAGGACCUCAAGGAGGAGCGCGUGGCGCUGCUCAACGCCUGGCUGUCGUUUGAGCGCACGCACGGGGCCGAGGGAGACGUGGACCGCGUGCAGGCGCAGAUGCCGCGCCGCGUCAAGCGCAGGCGCCGCGUCGACGGCGACGAGGACGCCUUCGAGGAGUACGUCGACUACGUGUUCCCCGCCGACGACAAGCAGGCGGGCAACCUGUCCAACAUGCUGGCCAUGGCGCAGAGCUGGAAGCAGACUGGUGGCAGCCUGUCGUGA